AUGGAUAUUUUAAAAGCUGAAAUCGCUAAAAAACGGAAACUUCUCGAAGAAAAAAAUAUUUUGAAUCCAACAAAAAAAUAUUUUAAAAGAGGGGAGCUUAUAGCAAAAGAGCAAGAGGAAUAUUUAAAAAAAUAUGGGCUAAAAGAAGAACCUGAAAAAGAUGACUCAAACGAAGCAUCAGAAAAAGUUACCAAACAAGAAAGUGAGACAGAACAAACUGAAACGGCAUCACUGCCUAGAGCUGAAGUGAUUAAAAGACUUAGGGAGAGAGGACAUCCUAUAAUUUUGUUUGGUGAAAAUGAAGUACAGUCAUUUAGGAGACUCAGAAGAAUAGAAAUUCAGGAACCUGAGGCAAACAGGGGCUUUAGAAAUGAUUUUCAAGAAGCUAUGGAAAAAGUUGAUCAAGCAUAUUUAAACGAAAUAUUAGCAUUAGGAACACAAAAUGAUAGUGAAAAAGCUAACAAAGAAGAUGACUUAGAUGACUCCAUUACCUACGAAUUUAUUCAAGACAUGGCCAAGACAAUGGGUCAAGGAGAUAGAAAUCAUGACAUGAAUGUUAUCAUGACCUUGUUGCAGUUUCUCUUAAAAAUGUGGGGCCAGCAACUUAAUUCCGCGACAGCAGCGGAGAAAAACUCAGUAAAACAUAAAAUGGCAAGAGCAACAUACACACAAACACAAGUAUAUCUCAAACCUCUAACUAGAAAGUUAAAGAAAAAGACUUUACCUGAAGACAUUUGCGACAGCCUUAUGGAAAUAACAAAGCAUCUGUUGGAAAGAAAUUAUAUUAUGGCAAGUGAUGCUUACCUACAAAUGGCAAUAGGAAAUGCCCCAUGGCCUAUUGGAGUAACUAUGGUCGGUAUUCAUGCGCGUACUGGUCGUGAAAAGAUCUUUUCGAAGAACGUAGCCCAUGUGAUGAACGACGAAACACAAAGAAAAUAUAUACAGGCUUUGAAAAGACUAAUGACAAAAUGUCAAGAAUACUUUCCAACAGAUCCAUCUAGAUGUGUGGAAUAUAAUACCAUAAAAUAA